AUGGCAGCGACAACACAACAAGUUACUCCAGCUGUCAGAGAGACAUUCCAUUUCAUCAACAAGCCAGAAGGUACGAGGUUGAUCCUCUGCUCCUCGCGCAGCUAUCUGACGCGAAACNNAGAUGCCAUCAAUGAAGCAUUGGCAGGCCUGACCCACAUCCACCCAAAUCUCUCCUACAAUCCGCCCUACAAGAUCCUAUACCGUUCUGACCUAGGAACCUUCCGCAACAACCAUGUAACGACCAUCGGUUUCAGCGGAGGCGGCCACGAACCAAUGUUUGGCGGCUUCGUUGGUCCAAACUACCUUUCCGCCUACGUGAGCGGCAACAUCUUCGCCUCGCCAACCGCUGCUCAGAUUUACGAGGCCAUCAGGAUGUGUCAGCCUACCGAUGGUUCCGAGAGUAAAGGCACAUUAGUCGUCUGUGGCAACUAUACUGGCGACAUUCUUAAUGCUGGCUUGGCAAUCACAAGAGCACAGGCAAGUGGAUACAAGGUCAGGUUUGUUCCUGUGGGUGACGAUGUUGCAGUGGGUAGNAAAAAGGGUGGCAAGGUCGGUCGAAGAGGGUUGAGCGGUCAUCUUAUGGCUUUGAAGAGUGCGUGCGCACUUGCUGCCAGAGGAGAGAGUCUGGAACGCGUGACACAAGUCAUGGAGUAUGUCGCUGCGAACGUCGGCACCGUGGGUGUUGCCUUUGAUCGGUAA